AUGGCCGUCGCUAAGUACUCUGAAUAAGGUGAUGUUUUACUUCUUUUGGCCAUCAGGAAAAAGAGGCUAUCAACUACUCUACCUAGGCAUUGAGGGAUGCCUAGUUGCUGAGCAGGUGGUGAACAUAGCCAUCCCUCUUCAGCUUGGAUUGAUAAUAGAUGCGCUGGCAGACUUCAACAGAACCAUCCCCGGGAAAAAGAUAAUGGUAUUUAUGCUACUGCAAUGGCUCGGCUCAAGUGGCGGAUUAGUAGUGCUCAGGGAGCAUGUGCAGACGGUCCUUGACAAUCAUUCAUACCAUCAAAUAACCACCACAGCAUUCAACCAUAUCAUGUCCUUGUCGAGUGACUUUCAUGACAAAACGAACUCAACAGCUCUGGCACAAACUGUUAUUCGUGGCCGAGGAGCCCGAGGUGGUGUGGCCAAGCGUAUAUGUUUUUGGGUGGUCCCGAUGAUUGUGGAUCUAGCUUUGGCCGCCGGCACUUUAUAUUACAUCUUUGGCGCUUAUAUGUCGUUGAUAGUUGCAGCCGUGGCCGUGGUGUUAGUGUGGACAUCUAGCAAGCUGAUUCACCACCAGCAAGACAGAUGGAAGCAGUGGGCGGAAAAACAGACAAAUGAGGCAACCAUCUUCCAAGAGUCUCUUAGUCAUUGGAGGAUAGCGGCAUACUUUAGUUGUGUCCCUCAUGAACAAAAUCAAGUCUGGUCUGCUGUUCAAGACCAGCUGAAAGGCAUGGUGACUGCUGCUCAAUCAACAACUCUCCAGUUGGAGCUGGCGGCGGCCUUGAUUAUCACAGCAUACAAGGUUGCCUCUGGCACAAAGUGUGUUGGAAGCUUUGUGAUGCUGCUCAGUUACUGGGCACAACUCUCAGGCCCUCUACAGAUGCUUGUUCAUGGAUUUAGAGAUUUUGCCAAAGAGAUGGUUGAGGCUGAAGAGUUGAUGAAGGUUUUGCACCAGGACCCAGCCAUUACUGACAGUCCCAGCGCUCAACCUCUGGUUUGCAAAGAAGAAGAUUUUAUAGAUUUUAAGAAGGUUAGAUUCUCUUAUGAUGGGGAGAGAAUAGUCUUGAAAGAUAUCAACUUUCAUGUGCCCGCUGGCAAAAAGACCGCCAUUGUUGGAAACCUGCUCCACCGGCUGCGAGAUCCUACCGCUGGUGUUAUCAGCAUUGAUGGACAGGUUUUAUCCAAUGUCACGCUUGAUAGCCUGAGGGCAAUGCUUGGUAUUGUUUCUCAAGAUACUACCCUGUUCCAGGGCACGAUUGAGGAAAAUGUUCGCUUUGCAAAGCUGGAUGCCACCCAUGAGGAAGUCAAGGAUGCAUGUAAAGCUGCCGCUAUUCAUGAUAAAAUCAUCAGUCUCCCAAAUGGUUAUGGUACCAUGGUUGGAGAUGGUGGCGAACUGCAGUGUGUCGCGAUAGCACGAGUGAUUCUCAAAAACCCAAAGAUUAUACUCCUGGACGAAGCCACCAGCAGUCUAGACAGCGAGACCGAAGCAUGUGUGCAACAAGGAUUGAAGCAGCUCUGUGCUGGUCGGAUCAUGAUUGUUAUUGCGCAUCGCCUAUCUAAUGUGAUGGAUGCGGAUCAGAUUCUUGUAGUGAAGGAUGGGAGUGUUGUGGAGAGGGGAACACAUCCAUAUCUUCUGAACCGCAAGGGAUAUUAUUAUAGUCUGUGCGAACUGCAAGGCCUUGUUAUGAUUGACAAAGAUGAAGAACGAAGAAUCAUUGGCUAG